UGGUGGUAGCCACAAGGCUGGACAGUUUUUGAAAACAGAAACAACACGGGAACAACAGCAAGUUUGUUGACCAGAAACAUCUGUAACGAAUGAUAGGCUUCUUGAUAAGAUGCGCGCCCAAGUGGACGUCUGUCUCAUCUUCAGAUAUCGAUUUCUUUGCGAGAAAAAUCGAAUUCACUAGCUUACUUUAGCUGGCUAACUACUAGCUAACUCUUGCCAUUUUGACCUCGGUUCUGGAACGUUGUCUGUCACCGUUGUGAUCAAAUGAACAUGUCUGGGACUUCAGGUAGAGCGGUACUCCCGCAGCCUCCCACAAAAACUAUUGUUGUCUACAGGAAUGGGGAUGCUUUCUUUCCUGGACGAAAGUUUGUUAUAAAUCAACGACAGAUGUCAACGUUUGACAGCUUUUUGAGCUCUGUCACGCGUGGGGUAGAGGCUCCUUUUGGAGCGGUCCGAAAUGUUUACACUCCAAGGGAAGGACACAAAAUCCAUGACCUCGUCAACUUGCAGCACGGGGAGAGAUAUGUUGCAGGCGGAGGAGAGCGUUUCAAAAAGCUUGAUUAUUACCAUAUAACAACGAAGAAACCACAGAAAAAGAAGAAUGAACAGAUCCGACCUGUAGUUCACAGUAGAAUAGUUGUUUCUGCUCGCUGGAGGAAAAUUAUAAACGAGUCAUGCACUAUCAAUGUUUUUACCAAUGGAGAUGUGUUGGUUCCUCCAGCUCGGAUACUGAUACCAAAGUAUACUCUCACAAACUGGGAAAGGGUCUUGGCCAUGGUGACCCAGAGGGUGAAUCUGCGCACUGGUGCUGUGUACAGACUGUGCACAUUAGAUGGGACUACUUUACUUGGGCCAGUGGAGCUAGAGAACAACCAGUAUUAUGUUGCUGUGGGAGCUGAGAAGUUCCGCUUCUCGCCAUACUUCCAGUGGGUCCCCGGCAGAGGAAUCAUCCGGGACAACAGUCAUCAUGCAGUCAACAAUGACAGUCUCCCAGUCCCAGUUCCCACAAGGAAAGGCAAACAUGCAAAAUUUGCUCACACAGGCUCUGGAGAUGACCUUGAGCACACAGCCAGGGGCCAUCCCAAGAACUCCACAGAGUCUUACUUCUACGCCAAGCCAGAGAAAGAGAGAGAGAAAGCCAAAAAACAGAAGCAGGUGUCCAGACUCCCACUUCUUUACACAACGGGCGAAGGCAGUGUGUUCCGUGCAAAAGACAAAAGAAGUGAAACGGUGGGAGCAGCUGAGAUCCAGGAAGAUGGCAGAGUGACAGUGGACCUGCCAAUUGACCAGGUUGAGGCCCAGGUAGUCGAGGAGGAAGAGCAGUAUGUCCAGAGGUUUUCCAGGCCUGCCGGUGAGACCCAGAGUCCCUACAAAACCUUCCUCCAAGGCUCUGAUGCGUCCAGGAAGGUCAGUGGACUGGACUGCCACGUGGACAGUGUCUCGGCCCCCUCGUCAGGUCGUGGAGAGUCAGGUAGAGGCACUGGUCUGACCAGCUCCAGAGACGGAGGACUAAAGUCACCUCUGGAACCUGAGCCACAGGAGACUAAAGAGGAGGUGGAGGCGGUGGAGGCCUCAAAUCUGUGCGGAAUACGGUCACGGAUGUCCAAGUUCUUCAAGGAAAAAAGAAAAAAGUGACCAGCUUCCAGACCAAUAUGCCAUUUAUUCAGUCAGAGAAUUCUAAGAGCCAGAGUCAGAGAGUCCCGUAGUAGCAGGAGCAGUGGAGGACAGCGCACCCCUCUCCGUUGCGAGACCCCUACGUACGAGAUGAAAAGUGUUAUGAACCAAAUAAAAAUGUUUGCGUCUUGACAGCC